AUGGCGAUGGCGUCUGAUCAUGGUCCCUUCUCGAGCGCCAAUAAUGUCUGUGUACACUUGACGAGCAGCAGUAACCUUCUGUAUCCCGCCUACAACUUCUCCGUGCCAGUUGACCAUUUCCACAAUGAAUCGCAAUACGAGCCGCACAGCAACGCCACCUUUCCCUUGCGAUACUGGUUCGAUGCAUCGCAUUACAAGAAGGGCGGUCCCGUCUUCGUGCUGCAGUCUGGGGAGACUUCUGGCGUGGGGCGACUGCCAUUUUUGCAGAAAGGCAUUGUAUCAAUCAUCACUCGCGCCACUAAUGGCAUUGGAGUAAUCCUGGAACAUCGGUACUACGGCACAUCUUGGCCUGUCCCAGACUUAUCAACGCAUAACUUCAGGUUUCUCACCACAGCCCAAGCAAUGGCCGAUGAAGCAUACUUUGCGCAGAACAUCAAGUUUCCCGGUCUCGAAGAACACGGCGAUUUAACAUCCAAGACCACAGCUUGGAUAUCUUACGGCGGUUCUUACGCGGGCGCUUUCAGUGCCUUCCUUCGUCUCCAAUAUCCCGACGUAUUCUGGGGAUCGAUUUCCAGUUCCGGUGUGACCAAAGCCAUCUGGGAUUAUUGGCAGUAUUUCCAGCCGAUUGCUGAGAAAGCUCCUCAAGAUUGCAUUGCCGCGCAGAGGCUGCUUAUAGAUGUUAUUGACAGCAUUUUGAUCGACAAGAGCGACACUAAUCUUCCUACGGAGCUCAAGAGUGUUUUCGGGUUUGAGAACGUUACAUAUCUCACUGGCUUCGCAGACGUUCUGACCAGCCCACUUUCCUAUUGGCAAUCGCUAAACUGGGUACAUUUGCUAUAUCCGGGCACUGAUUCUCUUCGUUCAAGUGUGACUGGUCUUAUACAACGAGGCGGACGUCACGAGCCGAAUGAAAUCCUUGUCGGUUCCAUGCUCAACGCUAUCGGCUACUUCAACCUGACCGUAGUUGACGACUGUGCAAGCCAGAAUAUGACUCAAGAUGAAUGCUUUGGCAGCGAUCACAACAAGACUUACACUUCGGCCACUUCCAUCGAAGAUGCCUAUUGGAAGAGCUGGCCGUAUCAGUAUUGCACAGAAUGGGGCUACCUGCAGACUGGAAACACUCCCAAGGGUGAGCUACCACUGAUUUCAAGGACUUUGGAUCUGGAAUAUCGAAGCCUUAUAUGCCGAAUGGCCUUCAAUAUCACCGAGCCCCCUAAUUUGGAAGUCAUCAAUAAAUAUGGUGGAUACGACAUUUCGUAUCCUCGGCUUGCUAUAGUCGAUGGUGAUUGGGAUCCGUGGAAGCCGGCCACGCCACAUGCAUUUGAAUUUGGCGCGAAGGACCGCAGCAGUAAUGUGUCAGAGCCUUUCAUCCUGAUCUCAGAGGCUGUUCACCACUGGGAUGAGAACGGACUAUUUCCGAACCAAACGACAGCAGAACUGCCACCUCCCAGAAUUGUUGACGUCCAAGCAGAACUCGUGCAAGCUGUACAUUCGUGGAUGCUGGAAUGGGAUUCCAAGCGUAUGAACGAAGGUAGCUACUCAACACAUAACGACUUACGAUGAUGAGACGAGUUCAUGAGAACGGCAGCCAUAUGGCACGCAUUCAACAACUAUUCGCAGAGCAGGAAAGAAUGUGAAGAAGAACUACAAAGUGGGCGAUCGAUAUGUAUCUCUAUGAAAGCUCAUAAAUAGACGAGGAGUAGAUGUAUGCAUGGUUGGCUCGCAGUUCGCGAGCUGCUGAG